CGCGACGGCCAUACGAACGACGACGCACUGCCGAACAGCGAAUCAGCGCGGUCCUGUCAAACUUCAGGCUAGUGCUCCGACCUCAUAUCAGUAUCGAGAAAAAAAUCGAUCUAAAAGGGCUAAAACAACUCGAACAAAAAAAACAAAUUCGAUUUUAAAAAUGGCUUCUUCAAGCACGGUGGCUAGAAGCUCCAAGUAUAGCUACAGAUCCGCAGGCCAAGCAGGUACAGCUGACGUCAGCAUCGAAUACAGUGCUGACUUAACUGCUCUGAGCAGGCUCGAGGACAAAAUUCGCCUGCUGCAAGAUGAUCUCGAAGUAGAAAGAGAACUCAGAUCUCGAAUUGAAAGGGAAAAAGCUGACCUCAGCGUUCAGGUUAUCCAACUGUCUGAACGUUUAGAAGAAGCCGAAGGAGGUGCCGAAAGCCAGUUCGAAAUUAAUAAAAAACGCGACACCGAACUGUUGAAACUUCGCAAACUCCUUGAGGACGUGCACAUCGAGUCGGAGGAAACGGCCGCCAUUUUAAAAAAGAAACACCAAGAAAUCGUAGUCGACUUCCAAGACCAGAUCGACACAUUAGCUAAGGCUAAAUCGAGGGCUGAAAAAGAAAAAUCCAAAUUUCAAUCCGAAGUAUACGAAUUGCUUGCCCAAGUAGAAAGUAUAAACAAGGAACGUUUGGUAUCUGUCAAACAUGCCGAAAGGUUGGAAGUUACCAUCAAUGAACUUAACAUCAGAAUUGAAGAGCUUAACCGCACCGUUGUCGACAUCACCUCACACAAGCAACGUUUGUCUGUUGAAAAUUUGGAACUUACCAAGGAAGUUCAAGAUAUCAAGGUUACCCUUGAAAACGCGAACUACCUGAAAUCUCAACUUGCUAGCCAACUGGAAGACGCUCGCCGUCGCGCUGAAGAUGACGAAAGGAGGAGAUCCCUGCUGGAGGCUCAACUGCACCAGGUCGAAAUUGAAUUAGACACCAUCAGGGUUCAACUUGAAGAAGAAAGUGAAGCCAGGUUAGAUUUGGAAAGGCAAUUAGUUAAAUCGCAAGGAGAAGUUCAGGUUUGGAAAUCCAAAUUCGAAACCGAAGCAGCUGCUCGCGCUGAAGAGGUUGAAGAACUCCGUCGUAAGUUCAACGCUCGUCUCCAAGAACAAGAAGAGCACAUUGAAGCUCUCUUGGUUAAGGUUAAUAACUUGGAGAAACAGAAGUCUCGUCUUCAGUCUGAAGUUGAAGUGCUCAUCAUUGACUUGGAGAAGGCUAACAACACUGCUAGAGAGCUCCAGAAACGUGUAGAGCAAUUGGAAAGGAUUAACAUCGAUCUGAAGAGCAGAUUAGACGAGACUGUGCAACUGUAUGAACAAAGCCAGAGAGAUCUUAGAAAUAAGGUAACUGAACUUCAACGUACUGUUCAUGAAUUGGACAAGACCAGAGAACUCAAAGACGCUUUAGCUAGGGAGAACAAGAAAUUGGCUGAUGAUUUGGGAGAUGCCAAGACUACCAUCACUGAACUUACCAGAAGAUUGCAUGAGAUGGAACUUGAACUCCGUCGUCUUGAGAAUGAGCGUGAUGAACUUACUGCUGCCUACAAGGAAGCUGAAGCGGGCCGCAAAGCUGAAGAACAACGCUCUCAGCGCCUGUCAUCUGAAUUGGCUCAAUUCCGCCAUGAAGCUGAAAAACGACUUUCUGAGAAGGACGAGGAAAUUGAAGCCAUUCGCAAAGCCACUAGCAUCGAAAUCGAACAGCUCAAUGCCCGUGUGGUCGAAGCCGAGACCCGUCUUAAGACCGAGGUCACCCGCAUCAAGAAGAAACUUCAGAUCCAAAUCACCGAGCUCGAAAUGUCAUUGGAUUCCGCCAACAAGACCAACAUUGACUUGCAAAAGACCAUCAAGAAACAAUCUCUUCAACUUACCGAAAUCCAGGCUCAUUAUGAGGAAGUUCAAAGACAAUUGCAGGUCACUUUAGAUCAGCUGAGCGUUUCCGUAAGGAGAGUACAGGCCUUGACCGCUGAAGCCGAAGAAAUUAGGGGCAAUUAUGAAUCAGCCCUCCGUGGUAAGAAACAAGCUGAGCAAUUAUAUGAAGAAGCCAGUACCCGUAUCAAUGAAUUGACUACUAUCAAUGUUAACCUGUCUUCUGCUAAAGUAAGAAUCGAGCAAGAAUUAGCUACCGUCGUUGCUGAUUAUGAUGAGAUUACUAAGGAAUUGAGAAUUUCUGAUGAGCGUUACCAACGUGUUCAGGCCGAAAUUAAACACACCGUGGAAAUCCUUCACGAAGAACAAGAGAGAGUAGUCAAGAUCGAAGCUAUUAAGAAGUCUCUAGAGAUCGAAGUUAAGAACUUGAGCGUCCGAUUGGAGGAAGUCGAGGCUAACGCCAUUGUAGGAGGCAAAAGAAUCAUUAGCAAAUUGGAGGCUAGAAUUCGCGAUAUGGAAUCUGAAUUAGAUGAAGAAAAACGUCGUCACGCUGAAACUAUUAAGAUCUUACGUAAAAAAGAACGUACCGUUAAGGAAGUCAUGAUUCAAUGUGAAGAGGACCAGAAGAACAUCGCCCUUUUGCAAGAAUCCCUCGACAAGGCAAACCAGAAGAUUGUUCUGUUCAAGAGGCAACUUCAGGAACAGGAAGGAGUAUCGACUCAAUCUGUUACUCGCGUACGCCGCUUCCAGAGGGAGCUCGAAGCAGCAGAGGACCGCGCCGACACCGCCGAAAGCAGCCUUUCCCUCAUCCGUGCCAAGCACCGCACCUUUGUCACCACCAGCUCGGUACCCGGAAGCCAAGUUUACUUGGUACAAGAAAGCCGAACUGCCGAGCUGUGAGCGCCCACCACCAAGCUUUCGCGAUAAAACCCUUUAAAAUCCUAUUAAAUUUAUUAUCAUCGUUCGUGCACAUAAUAAAAUUUAUAUCUACUUAAAUAAUGACUUAGGUGUAAGUACAAUAAUUAUUAUUACGUUAAAUACCACUCUCUUUGAUGUGUUUUUUAUAAUAAAAAUAGUAACAACGUUAUUUUUUCAAUAUACGAGAAAAGAUCAAGAAACGUACAUAUUUCCAGCCAAUUUAAAAAACGCGAAAAGGAAUCUGUAGGUUUCAGCAAAAAUGUUACGUACGUUUUGUGUUGUGCCCUUUUGCUGACUUAUUUAGAUUAAUAGAAAACGCGGAGGGUAAUGUUUAAUUUGUAAGUUUGAAUGUACUGUGUAAGAAUAAAUAAAGUUGCUUGUAUAACAGUA